AGCGAAAGCUAGCUCGGCGGAAACGUCGUUUUCAUUCAUACAUCUGAAACGGAGAGCAUUUAUAUCAAAAUACAUUUCUUUUAAUUCCAAUUUCUGUUUGACAUUGAGGUCCAGUGUGACAGCAGCAACUCCUCGUGUCUUGUGUUAUGUAAUUCGAGACUCUGUAACGUCACAGGCUACCAUUAUUAGCUUGAACGCCCAUUGAAAUCGUUUCGUUUUGGCUUUGAAAGAACACAUAGGCUGAAUGAGUGGGCCAAACUUCACACCUCCCUCAGCAGAGGUUGCUGAAAUCAACCGAAUCCACUAUGAGCUGGAGUACACUGAGGGUAUCAGUCAGCGCAUGCGGAUCCCAGAGACGCUCAAGGUGGCCCCCGAAAACCAACAAGGCUCCAUGCCACCGCAACACCUGGUGCCCGCCUUGAUGCAGGUGCCUGAGCGAAUUGUCGUGGCGGAGGACGAUGCAGACCCUCGAUUCUCACGACCCAGAGACUUGGACCUUAUUCAGUCUGUCCCUCCGAUUGACAUCCUGGACAUGAAGGCUCCACCGCGCAUCCUGACACUCACAGAACAGCCUCUGGAUUCCCUUGAAACAGAGCAAACUGCUAAUGCACACAAUAACCGCAGCCAAACAGCAAACUUUCGGACUCGAAGGGAACGAAGUGCCAGUGAAUAUAUUUCUGGUCGCCAGGGAAACAAAGGAGACAUAAGCAGUGUUACCCCGUCUCCGUCUGCACCCCCCGUCCGUCUGUGUCCUCCUCUUUGCUCUCCUGAGGACGUGAACAUCAACCUGUUCACAGCUGCUGGGUUCCUGGCUUAUGUCCAGUCGACUACACGCCGUGCAUACCAGCAGGUCCUUGACAUCCUAGAUGACGGCCAUCGCAGGUCACAUUUAGACUUGGCAAUGGAAAUAAACCCAGAUGAAUCUGGCUUAGUGGACGCCUCUUCACUCCGGCGGCAGAUUGUGAAGCUGAAUCGCCGCCUGCAGUUGCUGGAGGAGGAGAACAAGGAGCGCUCGAGGAGAGAGGUCAUCCUCUACUCUGCAACUGUCGCCUUCUGGCUGAUCAACACCUGGGUCUGGUUCCGCCGUUAACAUGGGAGUUUAUGGAAAGGCACUGUCGUCCCUGUGGAAGGUGCAAUACUAAGUAUUUAAAUAGUACUUUUAGGAGUUUCUUCAGCAUGAUCCUCAGUGCUACCUUUGUUACACAUACAUACCUGGCACGUUCUCACAAGAUGGUGAAGCUCCCUCUCAAAGGAUUGUCUCUGUUUUUGAUUUACCUGGUGUGUUGAGCUAUGAGGGCGGUGGGUGUGGUGUUAAGCAAACUUUUCCUCAGUUUAUCUGUGCAUCGGAGUAAUGGAAUUACUUAUAAAAUAUAUAAUAAUAUAUAAAAUAUUAAAGUAAGCUUCAAUAAUGGUUUGAUAAAUGAUGUGCAUUCUUGCACUUAACAACAGAGGUGAAGGCUCAAAACCUUCACUGCACAUUGUUGUGGGUGUCCCAUUAUACAUUCAGCCUCUAAAAAUACUUUUACCAUUCAAGCUUCUAAUAUAGUUAAAUUUUUUUUUUUUUUUUGUGUAACAUGAUUCUAUUUCGGACUCUUUGUGUUUACAACUGCUGUAUUCAGGUGACUCAAAAUCCAUGAAUGAAAUGUGACAGCAGGAUUGUCAAAGUGGGACCAAACUUCGAUGUAUUAUUCCAAUGUAAAUUAUAAAUUAGAAAAAAUUUAUUGGCAAUGUUACAUUUCUGAUUAAGCGUGUUUACUGAAAACGUUUGUGCAAAGUGCGAAAUUAUUGUGACUUCCUUUCCAUUUCAUAGUUCCACAUUCCAAUUCCACGUCUUUUUCAAUGUGCAAUUGUGUGUCAUAUUUAUAUUCAGAUGAAAUCAAUUUAUGAGAGAAAAAAUAUAAUAACUAUUUUCUUUGGCACCUAUUGCUUUCACCAGGACUUCAUUAUUUUAUUAUUUUUGUAAUCGUUUGUAAAUAUUCUUUUAAUAAAUGUGUAUGUUACAUGCA